AUGCAACGCCUCCAACAGCGCACUCAGAAUGCUAUCAAACACGCAGACCGUCAGGCAAAGCUCAAGUACAGGCGCCGCAAAAUUGGCAACCGAUUGAUGGGGCAACUUGACCCAGAAUUUCCCCAGAGAUUGCAGAUCGAACGAGACAGAAAACGGGAGGAGAAGUUGGAGAAACGAAAAGAGCGGGAAACCAUGGAGCACUUUGCUAAGCAAUUCAAGAUCGGUGGCAGGGUCUGCCUGGUCGCACCUCGAGAUCCCGACAAUCUAGACCGGGGAAGAAUAUCUACUGUCACAGAAAUUAGGCAUGCCGAAAAAGCGUGUUUUGUGGAUGGACUCAGUGAUAUCUCAGACCUCGACGAUUAUGAGCGUUUCAGCUCACCCCAACCCAUCCCCAUGUCCAGUCUUCGCCCCGUAAAAACCAUCUGGAAUCCGAUCAUUCGUCGGCCAGAGGACAUUAUUAUGGGUCUUGAUAAAGAUAAUUAUCCCCUGGAGGAAUCUCGUGCCAUAGAUCCUAAAACACCUUUUUCCGAAGAAUCUACCGAAGCAGCUACGAAGCGAGCAGAAGAAGAACGAUACGAAGAAAGGGCUACCUUGGAAACAAAAGCAGAAAAGGAGGAGGAAAAACGUCUCAAGGCGAUGCGAAGGCCCAAAUGGCUAGGACCUGAAGCUUCACAAAAUAAUGAACAUGAUAUUGAUACCCUGCGUGUCGAUGUCGAGGCUAGGACUUGGACACCUAGCCUGAUACGUGUACCAUUCCCGGACGGCGUCAUAGAUGAGUUGAGAGGGAAAUACAGUCGUUUCAGAAAUAAUCACGAUCCGGAGUACAUUCAGAAGGUGGAGGAGAAUGAGAGGAAGAGACUUGCUCGGGAGGCUUACUUGAAAAAUGGUGGAAAUAUGCUCGUGAGCCCACUCAAGCAGCUUAGUCUCCAGGGGCAGAAGAAGAGGCAAGAUUCACAAGAGAGCCAGACGGGUAUGCCUAGCCCACAACUUCUUGAGUUGAUCGGAAGGAAGAUGGUGGAGAGGGGGGCAGUCAAGCCAAAGAUUGAAUUGAGCGAGGAAGCAGAAUCUUCUGCGGCGAGAAUACAGAAAUCUCUACCAAUUGCAGCCGCAGAGCAGGAUCGUCGGGUAAAAGAGAAAAAGAGGAUUGCGAGGGAAGCGGCGAAGCUAUACUGGCCAUUGAAAGGAUGGAAGGAGAAGCAGAGAAUGGGUGGCAAGAAGAUCACUCCGCCAGAGUUUCUGUCUGACAACGAUGCUCGAGGUGAUGCCACCAAGGUGAUCAGUGAAAGACGGUAA